AUGCGGCACUCGAUCACGUCCAUCAUCCCUUCCUCUUCGACCGCCAACCGGACUCGACCCACUCCACCAAAUCCAGAUCCAAGGCGUGGUAUCGGUCGUCGUAGGCGAGAGAUGGGCGUGCGCAGGUAAGCGAGCACACACAAACAGCACACUCACACACACAACACACACACACACACACGCGCGCGCACACACACACACAACACACGUUCGAAGUAGGGUGGUCCGAUGCGAACGAAGAGCUACAGAUGUGUAGCAACGGGCGUCGAGUUCCAAGUCGCGGUCAGGCAAUCAAUCACGCGGGCUCGACGAUGGAAGGGAGUCGCAAACAAUCCGUAA